AUGGCUGAUACCGUUGGUAAGACCAUCAAGUGUAAGGCUGCCGUCGCCUGGGAAGCUGGCAAACCCCUCAGUAUCGAGGAGAUUGAAGUUGCGCCGCCCCAAGCCCACGAAGUCCGAAUUCAGAUCGUCUAUACGGGAGUUUGUCAUACAGAUGCCUACACGUUAUCUGGCAAGGACCCAGAAGGCGCAUUCCCUAUCGUUCUGGGACAUGAGGGAGCCGGUAUUGUCGAAUCUGUCGGCGAGGGCGUCACUAACGUAAAGCCGGGUGACCAUGUUGUCGCACUCUAG